AUGUGCCACGUCCCCGCACUGUGCAAACUUGCUUCCACCUCUGCCUUGCUCAAUGGUUGCGUCUAUACCUUGGUUGUCUUCUAUCAGUCGACCAUGAUGAUGGCGCAUAAACUCACGAUACUCGUAGCGAGUCUCUCUUUCAUUAGAGAUGGAGGACUUGCCGCCAUUCUGCUCGAAUCAGAGCCAACUUCAACGGCCGGAAUUCAAGGUGCUGCCGACACAUCCAUCACGGCGGACGACGGGGCUGUCACACCUCCCCCCGAGAUGAUAGAGCUUCAUCGUCGCCAGGAGUCCACUAUUAAAUAUCUCCUGGCACCUGACGCCACUUGUGGUUUUGACAGCAAAGCUUGCCAGUCAAACCCCUCAAUCAUGCGCUGUACAUCAUCGUCGUUUCCAUACUGCCAUACAAUGUACUUUAUCACAUCCACCAUAAUCGGCUUUCAAUGCAGGGCUUCGGCUUAUGGCGGCACUCCCGAGCUGCUGAGAACAACCUCUAGCGGCGGUCCUGCCAGGACGUACGCCAGUCGCACAGCCACGCGCAGCAGUUCAACUCAGAUCCGCACAACCACCACCAGGGGCAGCGUCAUCGUUGUCACAACGACUCUGAGUGCUGAGCCCGUGACCAGCUCUUCGUCUGACAUCAAUGACUACAUCGACAGCAGGAUCAACGAAAGCCGUUCCGACAACACCGGGGCCAUUGUCGGCGGCUCGAUCGGAGGGGCUGCCGUUUUGGCCAUCUCCGCCCUGGCUGGCGUCCUCUUCUUUCGGAGGAGGAAAAAGAAGAACACGGACGAGGUCAGGAGCAGCCAAGCGGUAGAGACGAUGGAAGCCAGUGGCGCAAAUGGCCCGCUUGCCUACUAUCCCGCAUCACCGUCGUACCCAGGAUCAAGCUAUCCUGUGUCGCCUGGUGGGCCGGUAGGCACCAUCUCUACCGCGUCUACUCCUCACUCGCCCGGGUUGGAGGACUCUCACAAGACGUCACUUCUAACUCGGGGACAUAACCAGAACCACCGGCUUUCCGAAGUUGACGGUGGUGCUGGCAGUCAGGUUCACGAGCUGGCGGCUCGGUGA